AUGAAGCCGAUCGUAAAGGUCGGGGUUUUGGUGCUGUGCGUGGUGACGUUGCUGACGGCGGAAUGUCAGGCACAGUUGUCGAAUCCGGUUACCAGAGACUCUCACGUGAUCAAUGAAGGGAAUAAAUUCCUAUCUCGUCACGCGACAGCCGACAGCGAUGCUAUUCCAGCUGUCGACGAGGAGGCGAUGGGGAACAGCCGGUGUCCCGUGAAUCUGGAGCUUCGAUGGCAAGCGGAGGUCAGCAGCAGCAUCUACUCCACUCCCCUCGUCGCCGAUAUUAAUAGGGACGGCAAGAUGGAGGUGGUGGUGCCGUCCUUCGUGCACUACCUGGAGGUGCUGGACGGUUAUGAUGGUGACCGGCUGCAUGGCUGGCCGGCGUUCUACCGCUCCAGCACGCACACGAGCCCCCUGCUGUACGACAUCGACAAGGACGGCGUGAGGGAGAUCAUCCUCGCGGAUUACAACGGCGAAAUCCUCUCCUUCACGCCUGGUGGCGAGGAGCUGACUCGUUAUAAGAUGAGUGUGCCGCGGCUGCGCAUCCGCAAGGAGUGGUAUGUGGGGCUGGACCCAGACCACGUGGACCAUGCUCACCCUGACAUCCACGCUCCCAUCGACGACGCCAAGAACGCGUCCAGCCAGCACCAGGGGGGCGACCUUCUGAACCUGCCCACGGCACACGCCGCUGACGCCCAUGCUGAGCGCGGCGCUGGUGGCUCUGACACCCACGCACCAGGAACACCAGGGCAGGCCCAGGGACAGCAGGCACAGGCGCAGGGUCAGCAGACACAGGGGCAGUAUAAGACUCAGCCACUGCAGCAGCAGCCGCAGCAGGAAGUGCAUCACGAGCACCAUCCGGAGCAGCAUCCGGACAAGCAUACAGAGCAGCAGCACGCAGCAGGAGGGGGCGGAUUGCCUCAUGGGAGUGACCUGCAGCAGCCAGGCAUCCCCCACGCAGCAGCAGACACGGCGUUUGGCACAGCCACCGCUGCUAGGACGCUCGCAGAACAGCAGCACCCUCAGGCGCAGGCAGAGCAGCAGCACCCUCAGGCGCAAGCACAGGUUAAGGUAGAGAAUCCUCAGGAGGACCCCGGCCUGCCCCCUGUUGUAACUGCUGCUGCUGGAGGUGCUAGUAGCGGGGGGAUUGACAUGCCUCCGCUUGUAGAGCCUCUGCACGGCGCAGGCGCUGCUGCUGCGGGUGCUGCUGGGGGUGCUGGUGCUGCUGCUGGAGCGGGAGGGCGCGGGGCGGCGUUGGCAGAUCUGGAUUGUGGGAAGGACGGGUUGUGCGGCAAGGAGGCGCAUGCUGCAGCAGAGGCCAAGGCAGCCGCUGCUUCUGCUGCUGCUGUGGCUGCCGCCAUGAGUGGGGGAAUCGCAGCAGCUGCGGCAGGGGGGCAGCAGGGACAGCAGCAGCAGGGGCAGGGGCAGCAGCAGGUGGAAGGUUCUGGAAAGAUCCAAGCAACUGAAGCAGAUUUACAGAAGAUCCAGUCAUGGGAGAAGUGGUACCAGGAUGUGACGGCCAAGGGGGGAGGGGCGAUGGGGAAGAGGGAGCAGGCGCUGUGGACGCAUUACCAGGACUGGAAGAGUAAACUGCUGCUCCCAGGGGAAAACAUGCCUGGUGCUGCUGCUGGUGGUGCUGGUGGUGCUGCUGCUGGUGGUGGAGGGGUGCAUGGGGCGCGGAGGCGGUUGCUGCAGGUGCAUGAGGAGAAGGCAGGGGUGGGGAGGGGUGGAGACGUGGGGGCAGCACGCAGGAGGCUACUGCAGGUGCACGGGGACCAUCAUGCCGGCGACCACGAGGAUUUCCCAACUGCAGAGCCCGACAGUGAGCUGGACGAGGAGGGCGCGGAGUCAUGGGAUGUGUUCAAGGAUGACGAUGAUGACUACCGGCAGUGGGAGGGGGACGGGGAUGACUGGGCGGGGAACAACGAGGGCGAGGGGGAGGCGGCAGGGGAGGGGGAGGAGCUGGGGGGAGAGGAGCACGAGGGUCACGGCGGGUGGGGGCACCAUGAGGAGAAACACAAGGAGGAGCACGGAGGAGAGAAGGAAGAGGCGGAGGAUGAUGAUUGGGGGGGACCGCGGGCGGAGAAGGAGGAUGGGGACGAGUAUCAGUACGACUAUGACGACUACGUGAAUGAGAACAUGUGGGAGGACGAGGACUGGACGGAGGCGGAGCAUGAGGCGGAUAAGGAGUACAUCCUUGUUGACUCACAUAUCCUCUGCACGCCGGUGAUAGCGGACAUUGACAACGACGGCCAUGAUGAGCUGGUGGUGGCGGCGUCUCACUUUUUUGACCGAGAGUACUACGAGGACCCGGCACACAAGCACGAGUUGGAGGAGGGGGUGGACAUGAGCAAGUACAUCGGGGGGGCCAUUGUGGUGUUCGACCUGCACACGCAGCAGCUCAAGUGGUCGCAGCACCUCGACCUCACCACCGAUAGCACGCAGUUCCGCGCCUACAUCUACUCGGCUCCCACCGUGGUGGAUUUGGAUGGGGAUGGGUUUUUGGAGAUAAUUGUUGGGACGUCUGUCGGCUUCAUCUACUGCCUUGACGCCUUUGGCAAGGUGAAGCCUGGCUUUCCUCUCCAGAUGGGCGAGGUGCAGGGGCAGGUGGUGGCAGCAGACGUGAACCACGAUGGCAAGCUUGAGAUCAUUGCAGCCGACACACGCGGCAACGUGGCUGCAUUCACCUCGGAGGGCAAGGAGGUGUGGGAGCGGCACCUGGCGUCGCUGAUCGCGCAGGGGGCGAGCGUGGGCGAUGUGAAUGGAGACGGGUUCACGGAGGUGGUGAUAGGGUCUUCAUCGGGGCACAUUUAUGUGUUGGAUGGCAGGACAGGCAAGGACGUGGGUGCCUUCCCCUUCCGCACGCACGGGCGCAUCAUGGCGCCGAUUCUGCUGGUUGACCUGCACAAGCACGCGGGCGGCAAGGGGCAGCACGCGGGGGCGUCUUCAGGGCUGCAUCUGGUGGUGGUGUCGUUUGAUGGGUUCCUGUACGCCGUGGAUGGACGGACAGGAUGCGCCGACACGUUUGACAUCGGGGAAACCUCGUACAGCAUGGUCCUGGCGGAGAACGUGGAUGGGGGAGACGACCUGGACCUGGUGGUUUCCACCAUGAACGGCGCUGUCUACUGCUUCCAGACGUCCGUGCAGUACCACCCGUUGAAGGCAUGGCCGUCCCAGAACCAGGGGCGCAAUGUGUUCUUCCCACGCUACGGCCACGAGGGCAUCUACAUGCUGCCGCACUCCCGCCAGUACCGUGACAUCGGCAAGGACUCCUUCCGCGUUAGCUUUGAGAUUGUGGACGCGCGGAAUCCCCUGGGUCACGGCGGGGCGUAUGGCACUCAGAUCGGACCGUAUAAGGUCAAGGUGUGGCUGUUUGACGACGCAAAGAGGGAGCUGACCCAUGAAGAAACCUUCCAGCACGCGGGCGUGCACACGCUCGUCAUUCCCACGCCCAAGCGCCGCACCCACGCCACCUUUUUUAUUGAGAUGGAGGACGAGCGCCGCCUGCACUUCCACGAUGAGUUCGCCCUUUCCUUCCACGUCCACUUCUACCGCCUCCUCAAGUGGAUCCUCGCUCUCCCGCUGCUCAUCAUGGCGGCGGCUCUUGUGGCGCGGUCUGCGCCUGAUUCGGGCCCAAACCUGCCAUCCUUCUCCCCUGCCAGUCGCCAUCUCGCUUGA